UUUUUCUCAUUAAUUUAAUAAUAGGCUGCUUUAACUUACCUAAUCAGAUCCCUCUACACAAAUUUAUAAUCAGAUGAUGCCUUGAUGCACCACGUUCUUUCCAACUAUAUUUAAUUUAAAGGAAUUAAUCGUCAUCAACUGCUUUAAUUUGUAACACAAUAUGUAGACCAAAUUCAUUCCAUAAACCAGAAAGAGCAAAAAGGAGGAAAAAAAAUGAAGCUGUCUUCCAUUUUCAUUUUCUUCUUCUUCUUUGCCCUGCAGGUGUUAUCAAUUCGGUUGGUGAAUUCACAACAGACAGAUUCCUGUAGUUCCAACCUAAACCUUGAUUUGCCUUUUGACACAACGUCUCUCCACUGCCUUUCUGUCUGGAGCAGUUAUGAUUUCAUCCUCAGAUAUGUUCAGAACUCAUCGGAUGUAUGGAGUUUUGUUCUCUCGGCGCCUGAUACAAAUUCCUUUGUCGGAAUGGGUUUUUCGAGCAAUGGACUGAUGGUUGGGUCAAGCGCUAUGGUUGGCUGGAUCUCAAGUGAUGGCACUGGAAUAGUAAAACCUUAUUAUCUUGGUGGCCAGACACCACGUCAAGUGUUGCCUGACCAAGGGAACCUGGCGAUUGUUGCCAGUUCUUCCUCCAUAACUCUCCGAUCCUCGCGUCUAUACAUGGCAUUCCAGUUGAAUACCAGUCAGCCCCUGUCACGGGUUUUAUAUUCUGUCGGACAGAUUGGGGUGAUUCCAUCUUCUCCAGGCUAUGCCUUGGCCGAACACCGUGACAAAGUCUCCACCGUCCUGAAUUACGUUGCAGGUACAAGUGCAUCGAACAGCCCACAAUCAAGAUUAAGGAGGAGCCAUGGAAUACUAAAUAUGCUGAGUUGGGGAAUAUUGAUGAUAAUUGGAGCUAUAGUUGCUCGUCACUUCAAGCAAUGGGAUCCAGUCUGGUUUUAUUCACACGCUGUGAUUCAGUCCUGCGCCUUUAUACUCGGCCUAUCGGGUAUAAUAUGUGGAUUUGUUUUAGAAGAUCGUCUCAAAACUGAUGUAUCCACCCACAAAGGUCUUGGCAUCUUCAUUCUUGCGCUCGGAUGCCUCCAGGUAAUGGCAGUUUUUGCAAGGCCAGGCAAGGAAUCAAAGGUGCGUAAAUUCUGGAACUGGUACCAUUACUGUGUUGGGAGAAUUUUGAUCAUAUUUGCAAUAGCAAAUGUCUUCUAUGGGAUACAUUUAGGGGGAGCGGGAAGAGGAUGGAAUGCUGGAUACGGGGUUGCUAUUGCUAUCUUGCUUUUGGUUUCCGUUAUUUUAGAGAUCAAAAUGUGGUGGAAGAAUUAGCAUUUUUAAUGUUUAACUCUGGGUGUACUCUUUG